CUCACGAACCGUGAAUAGCUGGGAUUGGACUGUAAAUAGGUGCAAUCAUACUGGUCUGCUGGUCUUCUGGCCAGAAUUCCUGUAAGUGGUACAAAAAAAAUACGUUUGAAAAAAAUACGGAGGUCUAGACAUUUCCAAAAAAUACAUACGUUACAACGUUCUUCUUUUUAAUUCUAAAAACCAUGACAAAGAAAUAUCAAAGUGAUGAUCUUGAUCGUGUUAUACGCGAGGAACAAAAUGAACUUUCUACUGCACUUAUUCGUGUCUCGUCUGCGUUGGCGAAAGAAAGGAUACAUGAGCAGUUAACAAGUAGUUCAAAAAGAAGAGCUUCUGCUUUAGAUGACGGAGAGAGGAUCGAAGACGACGGUUUAUAUAUUGGUUCUUGUGAAGAAUCUGUCGGAACCUUGAUCAAGAAAGCAGCCCUUAACUCAUACAAUGAUUAUCAUAACCUGGACUAUGACGAGAAAUCCAUUGUUGCUUUAGGUCUCAAUUCUAUCAUCGACUUGUCUCAUUUUUCUGCUCCUCAAAAACGCCUUUUUUCCGAUGGUGACUGGAAUGUCUUGCGCAGUAAAUAUACCACGCGCUUCUCUCCUGGGAUCGACUUGAACCACAAGUUAAAAUCAAAAAUUGCUGAGAUUGAAAUUGCCAGUAAACAAGAAAUUGAAAAAGGCAGAUUUCUCUCAAACCACAAAGAAUCAAAAGCGAAAAGUAAAGUUGAUUCCGAUAUCUUUAGCAUUUAUUCUCAAUACCUUGAAUUGAUGGAAUUUCAAUCCUACGUAUUCAGCAAAGAUAUCGACACCACUGAAACAGACGCUGUUGUAAAGAUUUGGUCUCCGAUGCUUGAAAGAUUAUUUAGAAGAACAGAAUUGAGAACAAAGUGAUAGCUCAGAUAAUCUAGGCUUCAAAGUCGAUUUAAGAGUGGUUAAGGAUACACUUUCGAGAAGAAAGAAGGAAGCCGAUAAGGCUAACUGUGAAAUUUCGAGAAUUGACCCUGGACUUGUAAAAAUUACAAGCGAUAGAACAAAGUUGUUAGUUGAGUCAAAAGCUGUA